AAUUCAGAAUGCGAAUUGUGUAAUAAAAUCUUUUCUACUUUUCAAAUAAGAGAUAUGUAUCUCAUAGUUAAAUUGUCUAAAUCGUGAAAAGAGAUCCGAAUAGUCCGAGCACUUGCUGUCGAAAGUAGUGUGUCCUUGAGUCGUACACACGUGCGUGCUCUAAUUCCUCUCGAUACAUCAUUAUGGGAUUCAGAAUUCAGAAUAUGAUGAUUAGGCCACGAGAUUCGCGUGCAAGCGUGAAAGUGUACGCGAAGUUUCACCAAGAAGAGCGCAGCGGGAAAUAUUUCUGCUUUUGCGGGCCGCAGAACGCAGAAGCAAAACUGCACUCGCAGCGUACGCAACUCUUGCACAAAGCCCAAGGAAGAGCAACUUGAAUCGGCGUGAUAUUACGACAAAGCUAUUUCACGUGGAAAGACGAAGAGCAAAAAGAAGAUUUCCAAUUAUUCAGAGUGAGAAAAACACACAGAAUGCCAGCGGAAUCGUCCAUUUAUUGGAGCUCGGUCGACUCCCGAAAAUCGACCUCUGGCAGUUCCGCAAGCGACGCUGGCAGUCGUCAUUACGUGGACCCGUGGGACUUGGAGAAUUACGCUUACCUACGCCGUCAUAGCGUCGCCGACGUGCCGCGCCGAACGCGAUGUCCUCCCACGAACGAGCGUUCUUCCCGCGAAACGCGAGCAUUCUCGGAAUACUGGUAUGCCUUACCCUCAUUGAGAGAAUACGAUGGUUCCCCAUACGCGCAGGAACUGUACCGUAGACCAAUUAAGCCAACAAACAAUGGCAUCUAUUAUCAGCAAGCUAUCUACGAUGAGGGAAUGGAUUAUACUGCAUCGUUUCCGGUUUACACGCCUGGAUUAUUCGAAAUUUCUAGAUAUCCCCUGCAAGAAGAAAGAUGCUUGCCACAUGCAAUUCACACAGAUAAAGACAAAUAUAUAGCGGAAGCAAUCUGCUCACCACAUAUUGGAUAUUUAAAUACAUAUGGCCAUCUGAAGAUUGACUAUACGAAUAGCUGGAACUCACUCAAUCGUCGAAUUAAGAAAUAAAAAAAUAGGUUUGUCUCGGAUCAGAAAUAGAUAUGAGAGAUGAAUUACUUGAUGCUAAGAUGUUACAUAUAUACAAUAGUGUUAUAUAUGCUCAAUUAAAAUUUCUUAAUUAAUUAAGGGUUUCUAAUCGAAAAAAACUUUGUAAUUAAAUUGUUUUUAUUAUUGUUAUUAUUAUUUAUUAGUCAGUAAUUCACAAAUAUCUGUUUUGCUUUCGUAUGUGUGUUACUGUAUUAGAUGUUUAAAAAAUUAUAUUACGUUAAUUUAUUUUAUUAAUUUAUAAUUAUAUUAACGC